AACCGGCUGAACAGUCAGUCGUUUGACCGCAUUUUGAGGUGCAACAAGCGUGAAUCUGAGACUGACUGUAUUUACCAUGGACAGGGUAUGGCUGCUCUCCGCCCUUCUGCUGGCAGUGGCAUCGGGCGCGGCGCAGAGGCUUGGAAUCAUCGCUACUGACAUCGGCGUCCCAGCCGUGCCCGGCGGCCUCACGGGACCGGACAACACAGCGUUGCCGCCCGGCUGCUUCUGCAUCCCGAUCAACCAAGUUUGUCCCUUCCAAACCAAUGUUCGAAUUGCACUUAGGCCGGUGGCGGAGCGGUGUCCAGAAAUGAAGGAAUGCUGCAGGACCAACGGCUCGACUCAGCCCCCGAUAACGGCGCCCCUCGGGUCCUGCGGCAGACAGAACGCCCUCCGCCGAAGCAACAUCAUCCACGGCGCAGCCUUGUUCGGUGAGCUGCCCUGGAUGGCGAUGGUGCUCGACAGGAGGGGCAGGUACGUGGCAGGCGGCGCCCUCAUCUCCAGCGAGUGGGUCCUGACGGCGGCUCACCGCAUCCGAUCUCAAGGAAACCUCGUCGCGCGUCUGGGCGAGCUGGACUUCUCUACGCCCCAGGACUCCCCCCUGUACCCCCAUCGAGACGUGCUCGUCGACAACAUCAUCGUGCACCCUCAGUUCAACCCCCAGACCCUCGCCAACGACGUCGCUCUCCUGCACCUCUCCGUCCCCGUCAACACUGCAGCAGCUCCGAACAUCGGCACCGCCUGCUUGCCUUCCCAGGGCCAGUUCUUCCAGGGGCUGAGGUGCGUCGUGUCGGGCUGGGGCGGCGACCCGACCAUCCCCGGCAACCGGUUCCAGAAUACCCUCCGCGUGGUCCAGGUCCCGAUGGUCGACUCCUUCGCCUGCCAACAGCGCCUCGGAGCCGCCCGCCUCGGAAGCAACUUCACCCUGGACCAGACGUCCUUCGUCUGCGCCGGAGGAGUCGAGGGAAACGACGCGUGCACUGGCGACGGCGGGUCUCCUCUUGUGUGUCAGAACGAUAGCAACAAGAGCUGGACCGUGGUUGGCCUGGUUGCCUGGGGUCUCGGCUGCGCUCAAAGGGAAGUUCCAGGUGUCUACGUCAACGUGGCCUCGUAUGCCAACUUCAUCCGACAAAAUGUAAGGUUCUGAUACACCGACGACAAACGAAGAGACUAGAUGGGUGUUAAAAAGAAAUUUAAGGCAAGAACUUUUCAUACAAGGAAAGAGCAUCCAUUCUUAUGGCCCCUGUGAUAUUACCUCACUUCAUACAAAUCUGUAUUAUUAUUAUUAUUUUGUAUCAUGGUGAAGUAAACUAGAAACAUUGA